AUGGUCCUUCCUGCCCCGACAUUUUCUUUUCACCUUCCCUCGGUUCACGAUGACUGUCAGCUGGAAUGUCGACUGUAUCUUCCGCGCCAGCUCCAAAAUAUAGAGUCGGGAUCACAAUCAUUGAUCCGAGGGGCUAUUGUCGCCCAUCCUUACGCACCACUCGGCGGAUGCUACAAUGAUCCUGUUGUAGGGUUUGUCGGUGGGGAGCUUUUACAAGAAGGGUGCAUUGUGGUGACGUUCAACUUCCGAGGAGCUGGAAGUUCUGAAGGGCGGACCAGCUGGACUGGAAAGCCCGAACUGGGAGACUAUGUAUCCUUGUAUGGGUUUAUGCUGAACUAUCUGCAAGAUUUACAUUCUACUCUCGCGUCCGGACAAUAUAUUGCCCCUAACGAGGCCGUCCACUUAGUGAUCGGGGGAUAUUCAUUCGGGUCGCUCAUCGCCUCGCAUGUCCCAGACCUUGAUGUCAUGCUCGACCUAUUCUGCAACGGACCAACAACCCUGACGACACCGAUCUACAAGAUUGGCAAAGCAGCCCAAAAGAUCGCUGCGCAGUCCACGCGGCAUCUUCCCCCAGCAAAGCAGAAUCCGGAAUCCCCGGCUGACCAACCUGCACCCCGUGCGGUGACUACGAUCUCCUACCUCCUCGUGUCACCGUUGCUGCCACCCGUGAGUCAGCUUCUGACUGCUUUCUCUGCCCUAUCAGUGAACGUGGGGGGCAAAACGUCAGCUCAGGCCCGACUCGCCGGCCGACCAGCCGACCAGCUGAGUGCGCACCAGACGCUGGCGCUAUUUGGGGAUCAGGACACUUUCACAUCUGCUCGUAAAUUGCAGCGGUGGUCAGCCGAGAUAGGCCACAGGCCACAGAGCAGAUUCCGGAGUUGCGAGAUCGAGGGUGCGGGGCAUUUUUGGCGAGAGAAUGGAGUGGAGACUCGGGCGAGACGGGCUAUAGCAGAAUGGCUUCGAUCUUGA